UCACCCCGAUAGCAACGGCAUGGCACGGCACGACGCGCACCCGGCCCCAUCCUCUAUUAAAGGACGAAGCACUUCGCUGCCGCUGCCAUAUCGCCAUCCCGUUCCCGCUGCCCGCCCGCUUGUCACUGGCCUGCUCUGGAGAACCUUGGAUUGGAGUGUGGCGCCACCUGUGUGACUUGGAGCCACUCGUCGACCCGCCGUCGAGCUUGCACCGUUGAACCGCAGCGCACAGGCGCCAGAGCCCGUCCGGAACAUGGCGAGGACCUUGGAGGACCUCCCCGCCGACGUGCUGGCCUGCGCGCUGCGCCGCCUCGACGGCCCGUCCCUGGCCGCCGCCAGCUGCGCGACCGCGGGCCUCCGGGCGCUCGCCGCCGACCCGGAGACGUGGCGCGCGCUCUGCCUCGCGCGGUGGCCGUCGCUGGCCGCCGCGCGCCCGGACCUCCUCCUCGCCUCGCCGCAGCGCCUCUUCGCCGACGCCUUCCCGUUCCCGGCCGACGACGACAGCGCCACAUCGGCAGCUCCCCCCAUGGCCCGUGCCGAGGCUGAGCCACAGCUCCCCGUCCCGAGCGGCAUCGUCUCCGCCGUGGACGUCUACCACCGCGGCGAGCCGCUGCUGUCCCGCGUCGUGGAGACGUGCACGUCGUCCUCGUGGUUCCUCGCCUCGCCCUUCCGCGUCGACGCCGUGGAGUGCAAGGGCCCCGCCGUGCCCGUCGGCCGCGCCGCCGCCGCCGCCGCCCCGGCGGAGCUGGAGCUCAGCUGGGUCGCGGUCGACCCCGGCAGCGGCCGCGCGGUCAACGUGUCCAGCCGCCGCCCCGUCGCCGUCGACAGGCACUGGUACACGGGCGACACGCUGCUGCGCUACGCGCUCGUGCUCGCCGGGUGCAAGUUCGAGGCCACCGUCACCUGCGCCCUGGAGACGGCGCACGUCCGGGAGAUCAGCCUUACCGUCGAGGACGCCGACGGCGCGGCGGUCAGCGGCGAAGGCGCCAUGCGGCUGAUCGCGGCCGCCAUGGUGGGGCCGAGGAAGGGAGGGGAGGAGGAGCAGGAGGAGACGGCCAGGCGGAGGUACCGAGACUUCGUCAGGAGCAAGAGGGGGAGGAAGGAGUCCAAGGCCAGGAAGGAGGUGCUCGUCGAUCUCUGCUGCUCCGCCGUCAGCGCCGUUGCCGUUCUCAGCUUCAUCGCCGCCGUCGUGCUCCGGUAGACCUACUGGUCUGCCGCCGGUGCAUCGCAUCCUCAACGACGUUGUUUUAGGAGUUCUUACCAUCGAUCAUGUAAAUACAAGAGUACUUCUGGGAGAGUUCUCUUUAGUUCGGUUCACCCAACCGUACCGAGGAAGUACAAGAGUACUAUAUAUCUUUCUUUCAAUCAGGUUAUACUCCUAUUUAGGCACAAAAAAUAUGAUACAGUAUGUACAAGAAUUUUUCCAAUGUAAACUCAACCUAUCUCUUCUUUUUGAAAUUUGAUUCAUACAUUUUCUCUUCA